CAAUGUGGGAAAUAUUUCCGUAAUUUGACAUAUCAUCUACCCGUACAUUUAUCAGAAAGGCCAUUCCAGUGUCAACUUUGUGAAAAAUCUUUUAAAUCAGAACCAGUACUAAGACAGCACAUGUAUUUUCAUUCUGGAAAAAAACCUUUUUCUUGUGACAUCUGUAACAAAUCAUUUGCUUUAAAAAACACCCUGGCAUCUCACAUUCGCUCUCAUACUGGAGAGAAACCAUUUAUCUGUCAUGUCUGUGGUGCUAGCUAUCGACGAGGACAAGAGCUCAAGAUUCAUGUAGCCAAACAUUCUGGAGUUAAAUCUUUUAAUUGUGAAUUUUGUGCCAAGACAUUUUACUCGAAAUAUGACAUCAAAGCACAUACACGACUUCAUACUGCUGAGUUGAAAUAUGUUUGUGAAGUUUGUGGAAAAAAGUUUCGUGCUCAAGGAAUUUUAAAUGUCCAUUCUAAAAUUCAUUCAGAAGAGAAACUUUUUGCGUGUGAUCUUUGCAGCAGUAGUUUUGCCACAAAAGGUUAUUUAGCAAAACACAAGAAGACACAUGAUAAGAAACGAGACUUCAAAUGUAAUGAUUGUAACAAAUUAUUUAAAACAUUACAUACUUAUAAUAAACAUAGACAGGUCCAGCAUUCAAAUGAGCGGCCAUUUGAGUGUAAAAUUUGUCAUAAGACGUUCAAAUUGGGAUAUGUCUUGCAACAACAUCAACGUUUGCAUCGGGAUGUCAAGGACUAUGCCUGUCAGUUCUGUGAGAAAUCUUUCACGUUUAAAAGCAGUUUGUCGUCUCAUCUUAAAAACCAU